AUGCCUCCGGAAUGGGUUCAUAAGAAAGACCGGACCAGCAUACUUGCUCAGCCGAAACCUAUUCACCAGGUCAUCUUCUGCAGACCUUCUGUAUACUGGGUUGAUAAAAUACCCAAGGGACAUCCUAGGAGCACAGUUCCAGCCUUAACUUCUAGGCAGGAAGAGCUGUCUCAAUCCAAAAAGGUUGAUAUGGACUUCAAGGAUGACAGGCCCACCGCUGCGUGGCCAGUGACAAAUGCAGCCCUAAAAGCAAAGGCAUCUUCAAGAUUGAAGCAACUGGCACUGCCCCGGCCAUAUACGGAUGCUUGGGAAUUAAAUCGCCCUCCUUGUCCUAUGGUGAGUAAAGGAGCAUUGACGGCCAUUCCCACACAAAGGAUUGUUGCUCUAGCCAAACCAAAGAACCUGCCAUCACCUCCAAAGAGGCCACCUAGAAAAUCAAUCUAUGGUCCUAUUGCUGGGUUUGCAAAGUUUGACGAACUCUCCAAGCCUCGGAUCUACUCCUUUGAUGGCAACAAUCCAUACAAGAUUUCCAAGGCAGCUCUCCAGUACGUUCCUUCUCCUCGCAUUCUCGAAAUCAGCCGUCCUGUGAGAGUAAGAGGCAAAGCAGCUUGA